GGCCUGGGCGGGUUUUGCGGGGUUUGUGUGCGUGAGCGCGGAUUGGUGGAGAGCGCAGAGGAAGCUUGCGCUUGACAACCAGCGAGCGCCAGGGACAACAAGAGCCUCUCUCCCUGAAACACUGAGGAAAAACACCAGACAGUGCGUGUCGACACACCCUCGGCGGACCCACACAGGAUUUCUGCACUUCGCGUAUAUGUAGAGAUUAUCAGCUUGCCACAAUGACGGCUGAGGAGAUCAUAAAUGUAAAGGAAGUGGAGAUCAUCAAGGUGAUGCUGGACUUCCUGAACUCCCGCAAGCUUCACAUUAGUAUGCUAGCCCUGGAGAAGGAGAGCGGGGUCAUCAACGGCCUGUACUCAGACGACAUGCUCUUCCUCAGGCAGCUCAUUCUGGAUGGACAGUGGGAUGAAGUGUUACAGUUUAUUCAGCCUCUUGAGUGUCUGGAUAAGUUUGACAGGAAAAGGUUCCGCUACAUUGUUUUGAAACAGAAGUUUCUGGAAGCUUUGUGCGUGAACAAUGCCAUGUCUGCUGAGGAUGAGCCACAACAUUUGGAGCUGACCAUGCAGGAGGCUGUGAAGUGUCUCCAUGCUCUGGAAGAGUUUUGUCCAUCAAAAGACGACUACAGCAAGCUCUGUCUUCUCCUGACGCUGCCCCGCCUCACCAACCAUGCUGAGUUCAAGGACUGGAACCCGAGUACAGCACGUGUGCAGUGUUUUGAGGACGCCUGUGUCAUGGUGGCGGAGUUCAUUCCUGCUGACCGGAAGCUGAGCGAGGCGGGGUUCCGCGCCAGCUCCAACCGUCUAUUCCAGCUUCUCAUUAAAGGCCUUCUGUACGAAUGCUGCGUCGAGUUCUGCCAGAGCAAAGCCACCGGAGAGGAGAUCACAGAGAGUGAGAUUCUUCUGGGAAUAGAUAUGCUGUGUGGGAACGGCUGCGAUGAUCUCGACCUGAGCUUGCUUUCUUGGCUGCAGAACCUGUCGCCCAGCGUCUUUUCUUGUGCCUUUGAGCAGAAGAUGCUCAAUAUCCAUGUGGAUCGGCUUGUUAAACCCGCCAAGGCCACUUACGCAGACCUCCUCACUCCACUCAUCAGCAAGCUCUCCCCGUACCCUGCUUCACCUCUUCGGCGCCCACAGUCUGCGGACACCUACAUGUCACGCUCUCUGAACCCGGCGCUGGAUGGCCUGUCCUACGGUCUCUCUGGCCAAGAGAAGAGAGCAGCGGGAACGGACAGAGGGAAAACUUCACCCAUGUCACACUCAUUCGCUAAUUUUCAACACCUGAACCGCAGUGUGAUGAUGGAGAAUUCAGGAUGUCACAGCAUCUUUGAGGAGUCACCGGAAAGCUCCAGAACUGAAACUCCAUCUGAUAAAAUGAUGAGCUCACCCGGUCCUCAAAUCUCUCGCCCGGUCUCUGCCCCGGGUCAGGAUGCCCCAGCCCCUGGUUCUGCAGAGGAGAAUGAGUUACGGGACUCCACAGAGCAGUUUCAGGAAUUUUACCGGCAGCGUUUGCGUGUGCAGCAACAUCUGGAACAGAAGCAGCAGCAGCGGGAACUCUACCAGCAGAUGCUGCGAGAGGGCGGAGUCCAGCAUCACGAGGCCCCGCCCACCGCCAAGCACAACCUCACAGAAACCUUUCUUACCAGGUCUAUUCAAAGACUGGAGGAACUAAAUGUGGGAAUGGAUGAUUUGGGAGAGGAGGUGCAGGCUCUCUCUCAGCAGUGCAAUGGAGGCAGUAAUAGCAACAGUGUAGCGGGAGACGCUUCAGCCGCACCACAGACACAGGAAGGGGGUGGAGGAGCCAGCGAUCUGGUCACCAGCACUCAGUCAGUAGGUCAAGCAGACUUCCCUCCACCCAGCCAGUCUCCUGUACUGCCCCAGAGUGACCAGAGAGACAAAACUGGACAGAAUGACAGUAGUUUGACCCGCUCUAAAGGCCCAGAGAAAGAUGAGUCAAAAGCCAAGUUUGUGAUGGUCAACAGCCUGGAGGAUACGCAGGCGGUCCGGGCCGUGGCCUUCCACCCCACAGGGACAUUAUACGCUGUCGGCUCCAACUCUAAGAUGCUGCGUGUGUGUGCCUAUCCUGACACGCUGGACACGAGUGGUUCGGGCACAAGUAAACCUCCUGUAAUCCGCUUCAAGAGGAACAAGCAUCACAAAGGCUCUAUAUAUUGUGUAGCCUGGAGCCCAUGUGGACAGCUGCUGGCCACUGGCUCCAACGACAAAUAUGUCAAAGUGCUGCCCUUCAACCCUGAAACCUGCAAUGCUACAGGUCCUGAUCUGGAGUUCAGUAUGCAUGAUGGGACCAUCAGAGAUCUGGCGUUUAUGGAGGGUCCUGAGAGCGGAGGGGCCAUUUUAAUCAGUGCAGGAGCUGGAGACUGUAACAUCUAUACAACUGACUGCCAGAGAGGACAGGGCCUGCACGCGCUGAGCGGACACACAGGUCAUAUCCUGUCUCUGUACACGUGGGGGGGCUGGAUGAUAGCGUCCGGCUCUCAGGAUAAGACGGUGCGUUUCUGGGACCUGCGAGUGCCCAGCUGCGUGAGAGUGGUGGGGACGUCCUUCCACGGCGCAGGCAGCCCUGUGGCGUCGGUGGCAGUGGACCCGAGCGGACGUCUGCUGGCAACAGGGCAGGAAGACAGCUCCUGUAUGCUGUAUGACAUCAGAGGCGGGCGCAUGGUUCAGACGUACCAGCCGCACUCCAGUGAUGUCCGAUCAGUGCGUUUCUCCCCCGGCGCUCAUUACCUGCUCACGGGAUCCUACGACACCAAGGUCAUCGUCGCUGACCUACAAGGUGACCUGACGAAGCAGCUGCCGUUGACCGUUGUGGGAGAGCAUGCUGAUAAAGUGAUCCAGUGCAGGUGGCACACACACCACCUCUCCUUUCUGUCCUCCUCUGCUGACCGCACAGUCACACUCUGGACACAGGCCACGUAGAGCCAGCUCUGGCCACUAGAGGGAAACAGCACAUGUAUAUACAGUAUGUGUGUGCGCUGUGCUUCUGUUUUAAGUCUGUUUGUUAUGAGUGUGUAUUUAUUUUGUGUUCCUGGAAGUUGGGUUCUUUAUCAGUGAAUGGCUGAGAUAAGUGCAAACCCUUUUUAUGUACAUAUUAUCUGAUUGACUGCCAGUGUGUCUGGUGGCCCUGACUGGGCCAUGUUGGGAUGCGAUGCUUUGCUGUAGUGUGCUUGCAUAUGUGCUUCCCAUUCAGUAACCUUUAUCAAACACUGAACCGUCCCUCCACACAGACUCAGUGGUGUCAUAUGAUCUAUACUGUGGCCUUCCUCUCUGUGUGUCCACUCUCCACACAUCUGUACUUGCCUGUUUGAAUCUAGCCUCUGGAAAUAGAUGCAGUAUUCAUUAGCUGACUCAUUUCUGAUGUAUCAUUGCAAACUGUAUGAAUGCAACCUGUUUGAGUGAAAGAUGUACAUGCAGUCCAAUGCUUGCUGUAAUAUGGACAUUAUUAUGACCUGCUGCAAAUACGGUAUCGAAAUUCAGCUGCUUGUGCAAAUAUGAAAAGCAACGUUAAUGUAAACUGCCUUUGUAAAUGCUGUCAAGUAAGUCUCAUUUAAAGUGGUUAAUGUUUGAAUUGUACUCUUUUUGCUUGAAACGGUCUGCAGCCCUUGUGAGUGCCUCUGAAUUGAUGGCAUGAUUCAAAGUAUUGAAUUUUUAAAUGUAGAUGAAGGGAAUCUGUGUCCUAUAAAUGUCAGUCUAUACAUAGUGCUAAAAACAUCAAAUGAAAAGUUUUGGGCGUUGGCACAUAGGUUUGUUAAACGGGUGAAAUCGUUUGAUACUAUGAUCUUGCACUUUUUGUGUUUUUUAACAUCCACUUCCUGUUUUGUUUCGAUAACACUUUGUUUUUGGGUAGUUUAUGUUGUAUAUUUUCUAAUGAUGUAGAUUUUAUUAUUUAAGCUCAAGUUUUUGUUGUUAUUAAUGUUAUUAAUUUUAAAACGAAGCCAAACUAACGUGUUGACACAUUUAUAUGCUGAAGCAGCUCUCAUUUGAAGUCAUGUAGUGAAAUAUUGUGUCGUUCCUGUAAUCUUUUCUAAAUCAUAUUUGGACAUCAGUGACUACAGUAAAGGCUCGUGGGGUAAGUCUGCUGCUGCUGUGUCUGAAUAAAUAACCCUAUUCUCU